AUGGCGUCUAAACCUGAUGUGACGCUACUUGUUAAACGCAAUACCGUAAAGGUUCAAAUAAAUGAUCAUCAAAAGUAUAAAGCUAUUGAAGUCAUUAGAUUUAUUGAAGAUCAGCUGGGUGAAGAUUCCGUUUUGGCUUGUGUUCCUGGACGUGAUUUCUUUGAUGUUACUCUCAUAAAUCACGAUGUAGCUAAAAAUUUAGCAAAUGAUGGUUUAUUGGCUGAUGGAGCGGGUUUUCAUUGCAAAUUUAUUGAAUCUCGCAUCAAAGUGGUUUCAUUUAUGAAUAUCCCUGUUUACAUUAAUGAUAAGGAUAUUUUAUCAAAAUUAAAAUUUUGGGGUGUUAUUCCUGUUGGUGAAAUUAAUCGAAAAUGUUUUGAUUUCCAAGGAAAGCGCAAAUAUGAUGGUACCCGCUUCUUGAAAGUGGAAUUUCCGAAAGAAGUAGCCAGUCUGCCAUAUGCAACUACUUUUGAUGGUGUGUCCUAUGCUGUUCGGCAUAAUGACCAGGAAAAGGUCAGAACAUGGAUAAUUCUCUAUAGACAUUAUAUUGAAGUAGGUCAUUGGGCCCUAUCAGCUGAUUAA